AUGCAAAACGGUACAACUAAUGGUACACCGCGCCAAAAUGAACGAGUAACCCCGGAAAUCGAGUCUGCUCCCUCUGGUAUUUUCUCAAACGGACCCCCUUUUGAUUCUGCCACUCUUGAGCAGUCCGAGAUAAAAGAAGAGGUCGCAACCGAUCGCAAUGACGGGCCUCCCUCGAAACGCCGAAAGGUCACGAGCUCCACGCCUUCUCACCGGCCAAGCUCUCGGGCGAUCUCACCCCCCUGGAAGAAGGCAGGCGCUGAUGGCCCGACAUCGAAACUCGUGGAUGGAAAGCGUCGGUCUACAAGAGUUAGCAUUGGGGGCCCCUUCGAACAACCCGCAUCGAAUACAAAACCGUCGCGAUCUGGCCAAAAACAUACCACGGCAAAGCCUUCAAAUGGACGGAAGUGGCAAGAUUCACCUUCUCCCGCACCGAAACGUACAUCUACGCGCAUAAGGCCCGAUAUUUCUGGUGCUACGAAUUACAAUAAUCGAAACGUUAACGGAGUCGCUAGCCACUCGAACCCAAAUAAAACUAGAUCAACGCGAUCCUCCCUACACACGUCAUCGGUUGGAGUUAAUAUAGGACACGACACGGUAACUAGCUUGGAGGACGGUGGAAACGACGAGCAUGAUGAAAAGGGACAGCGGAUACCUCGGCUACGGAUCAAAGUCAAAAAACCAACACUCGGCAUCCAGCACCCUUCUCACGUUUUACCUGCUCGCAAAUACAGCUCAUUUAAAGAAUGGAUAGAGAGGGAGGGCGCAGGGAAUCCUGGGGAGGGCGUGUAUACGUCAGCAGGCGCCUUGGGGGAAGCGCACAAGCGGCAACAAGUAAUGAACGCAAUGGAACCUGGUGGACUUCUUAGUGCUGAGGUCUGCUCUGCAUUUUUGCCGGAACAUCAGGAGGAGCCACCCCAGCAAUACUCGCACCAAGACCAUCUUGUAGCCCAUGGGAUAUACUUCAAGAAGCUUCUUGACCAGGAACACCGUCGUCAUCGGCAUACUGCUCGAACUCUUGCGUACUUGUGUGCGGAAGAAUGGAAAAAGCGCAACAAGGACCCCGAAGACAUACUCAGAGAACAACAAGAGGUAAUGCGCGGAAAGCGUAAACAGCUGGCUAAGGACCUCAAGAAAAUGUUUGAUCUAGCCCGGGCGGAAAUUGACCGGAUACGGCUUGCGCGCUGGGAAGAGGAGCAGAAAGCCAAAGAUCAACGUGCCUUGGACCGCGCUAUCAAGCAGUCCACCAUGCUCUUCGAAAAACGACGAUUAGAAAUAUUGGGUGAGACCGGGAGCGAUGCUCCGGAAACUACGACCGACGAUGACGAGGCUGAGACAGAUGGCGAAUCUGGCGACGAUGACGAUAUUGAUGAUGGUGAGAGUAAUAUGUCAACAGAUACUGAAGAGGAAGACGGGAAUGACAAGGAGGAUGAUGACGCGGGUCUUACUGCGGAGGAAUUGCGAUUGAAAUAUGCAAAUUUACCGAAUACUGGCGACAAACCAGGCCAAGUGUUUGCAUAUUCUGAUGUGGAGACUGAAAACAGCGAUGGGACAGAUAUUGAUGAUGCUCCUGGGGCUACCUACGAACCACUGCUCCCAGAGGACCACCAGUCAGGUGAAGUAGAACUCGAUGAAAUCGACCCGAUGCUCAUGGAUGAUAGCGGUGACUCAACCGAUAUGGAUGAUGACAUGGGUGAUAGCAAUGACGAGGAAUCAAGUGAAGCUGAUUCGGAGGAAGAUAAUGGAAGGUCUGGGCUAUUAGGAUUUUUCUCAGCCAAAGAUAUAGCCUCCAGUGACCUCCAUCGCGCUGUUUCGGAUGACGAUGAUGGCAUCACGACACUCCACGAUGGCGGAAAUGACGAGGAGGGUGAGAAGCAUGCAUCGUCUGACGAGGAUGAGUCUGAAUAUGAGUCUGAAGACCCAGAUGAAGUUACACUUGUUCCGACAGGGCCAUCGAAAAAAGACCAAACCCUUCCAGCUACAGAUUCAGCUUCUGCGGCUCUGGGAAGUCCAGUCGAAAACAUCACGCCUGCGGAAAACAAAAACGAUUUCCUCGGGGAGACCCUCUCCAAUGAGAAUGAAACAUCCGCCGUCGAUACCGCAACCAUUGGGAACCACAUCGGUCUUUCUGAGAUCCAACGCAUUGGCACUGAAAAGAUGGACAUAUCUUCUCCUAAGAACUUGACUCAUAUCGACAAACCACCAACGUCACCUUCCACAAAAACUCUCCAAGAAAACUUCAACGAUCAACCCAAAAAUGCGCAACAUGAACCAUAUCAUAGUAGGGCUGCUUCCAGCGAAGCGUCUCCCGGAACGGUCGCCACUAAGCCCUCCGAGCCCGAAUCAGUAUCGUCAUAUGAAGCUGCAGCUGAGAAACACGCACAGGCAAGCGAAUCGCCCGCUCCCGGGUUGAAGACGCCGGUGCCCCACCUUCUCCGGGGAACUUUACGAGAAUAUCAGCAUUUCGGCUUAGAUUGGCUAGCGGGUCUAUAUACAAAUCAUAUCAACGGUAUUCUUGCAGACGAGAUGGGUUUGGGCAAGACUAUCCAAACGAUUGCUCUACUCGCGCAUUUAGCCGUGGAGAAUGAAGUCUGGGGUCCGCAUCUUGUUGUGGUUCCCACAAGUGUCAUUCUCAACUGGGAAAUGGAGUUCAAAAAAUGGUGUCCGGGUUUCAAAAUCAUGACAUACUAUGGAAAUCAAGAAGAACGACGGCAGAAACGCAGAGGUUGGAUGGAUGACAACAGCUGGAACGUGUUGAUCACAUCUUACCAGCUGGUUCUACAAGAUCAGCAGGUCCUGAAACGAAGGGCCUGGCAUUACAUGAUUCUUGAUGAAGCCCACAAUAUCAAGAACUUCCGCUCGCAGAGAUGGCAAGCGCUGCUCACAUUUAGAACGCGGGCUCGCCUCCUACUCACCGGAACUCCUCUUCAAAAUAAUCUUACUGAGCUAUGGUCUCUCCUCUUUUUCCUAAUGCCGACCGACGGUGACGAGGCGGGGAUUGAGGGUUUCGCCGACUUGAGGAACUUCUCUGAGUGGUUUCGAAGGCCAGUAGAACAAAUUUUGGAGCACGGUAGAGAAACAAUGGAUGAUGAAGCCAAGCAAGUGGUGACGAAGCUGCAUACUGUCCUGCGGCCGUACAUCUUGCGUCGGUUGAAAGCAGACGUCGAGAAGCAAAUGCCAGGAAAGUACGAACACGUCGUAUACUGCAGGCUAUCGAAACGACAAAGAUAUCUGUAUGAUGGCUUUAUGUCCAGAGCACAGACCAAGGAGACUCUUGCAUCCGGAAACUAUCUGUCGAUUAUAAAUUGUUUGAUGCAGCUACGGAAGGUCUGCAACCAUCCAGAUCUUUUUGAAACUCGGCCUAUUUCAACCUCAUUUGCCAUGCCCCGCUCAGUUGCGACACAAUUCGAGAUCAAGGAGCUCCUCGUUCGUAGGCGCCUGCUCUACCAACAUCCGCUCGAGAAACUCGAUUUCGAUUUCCUCAAUUUAGUUCCUAUUUCAAGGGAAGACAUCUCACGAAGGCUGGCGGAUGAUAGCGCCAGGAUCAUGGCCUACGCUCCUUUUAACACACUUCGCGAACAUCAGUACCACCGGACAAACUGGCAUAUGAAAUUCAACGGGACAACUGUACAAUCCACCUUGGAAGCUUUGGAGAAUGACUGCAGAAAGACAAGGAUGGCUGAGUUAGAACGAUUCCUAUAUUUCGAGUCAAAGCGCCAUGGUCGUCGCCCAGUGUAUGGGAGCAGCCUUAUCGAAUUCCUCACUGCAGAUAGCAAGCAGCGGCCAACAGCCAACGGCCCGUUAAGGAAACGCUCAUAUGCUGAUUGGUUAUCAAGUCAAUCUUCCGUUCUUGCGUCCAUGAUUAUGUCUUUGGAAGAACGAUCUCAGGUAAUGGACGGGUAUGUGCAGAGGUUUGCUUGCAUUACUCCGGCAGCGAUUGCGGCCGGGGUUACAGAAGCUGCCCUAACUCCAAUCUCAACGCGACACCUCACAAAUAAGGAGAGAUUCCCGUGCCAUGAUCCUUUUCACGAGGCUCAAAUGCGCCUAUCCAUCGCCUUCCCCGACAAGAGGCUUCUACAGUACGAUUGCGGGAAGCUACAACGACUGGACAAACUACUCCGUGAUCUUAAAGCUGGCGGCCAUCGAGCAUUAAUAUUCACGCAAAUGACUAAAAUGCUCGACGUGUUGGAGCAGUUCCUCAAUAUCCAUGGUCAUCGAUAUCUUCGUCUGGACGGCACGACUAAGGUCGAACAACGGCAAAUCCUCACGGAUCGGUUCAACAACGAUAACCGCAUCCUCGCAUUCAUCCUAUCCAGUCGUUCCGGAGGCCUAGGUAUCAAUUUGACAGGCGCAGACACUGUGAUAUUCUACGACCUAGACUGGAAUCCCGCAAUGGACAAACAAUGCCAGGACCGUUGUCAUCGUAUUGGGCAAACCCGCGACGUGCACAUCUACCGCUUUGUCUCAGAAUACACAAUCGAGUCCAAUAUUCUCCGCAAAGCCAACCAAAAGCGCAUGCUUGACGAUGUUGUCAUCCAAGAAGGCGAGUUCACGACGGACUACUUCACAAAGCUCGACGUGCGCGAUAUGAUUGGCACCGAUGAGGCUCUUACAGGACAGGACGAAGCGAGCGCAGCAAUGGAUCGCGUCCUUGAGAACAGAGUCACCAAUACCUCGCGCGUUUUCGAACAAGCAGAGGAUAAAGAAGAUAUAGAUGCUGCUAAGAAUGCUCAAAAGGAGCUCGAACACGCGGACGACGGCGACUUCGAUGACCGCGUCAAUGCCGCCACCGGUAUGUCCACCUCCAGCCAAACUCCGGCUCAAGCAGGCACUCCCUUGUCUGAUGAAGCGCGACUUCUGGGCGUCAAUAAGCCCGAAACGGAGGAUGCAGCGGACACGGAGCUGUCCCUAGGCCAUAUCGACGAUUACCUCAUGCGGUUUAUGGAGUGGAACAUGAAGGACGAACCGCUCGUACUUCCCGUUGAUAAGAGCACGAAGAAGUCCAACAAGAAAGGGAAGGAACACCGUCUCCGAAAGAGACGACGUUAG